CAUGCAGUCAUCAUAAUGGCUGCAACCACCAAGUAGGGCGAUCCUACAUGCAUUUUUUCCCAUCCCAGUGACUUUGAACAUGAUGCUGGAUCCUCAAUGCCUCCCAUAAUGUCAACACCGGUCGUCUGAACGAGCGAAGAACUAGUUUUGAAUGCGUGCGCACUGACCUCCCCCAUAUCACAGUUGACGGUGGCUCGUAGCGGGAACAUGACUGAGACGGAAGAUGCACAGUGAGUCAAUGCUAUCGUCGCUCGCGGGCUCACGGUCGGGUCAUUUAUCGGCACAGAGAUGUCGCUUCGUGCUCCAAAAGUCAUGAAAGCUUCGCAGGCUUUGAAUGAUUAUCGGACGUGGGCCGGAUGAACAUACACGGCCCUGACAUCCUAUCUUUCGCGGUCAUCUGUCUUGUUCCUGCACCAUGCCGAUAAGCCCAGUACAACACAGCGGUCGGGGUGCAACCUGGCGGCCCCCGUACAAAUGUCCUGUUCGUUGGACUCGGACGUUGCUUUCUUGUCGCAGUCUCCGUUCACACAAAUUGUGGUGCCCUCGAUGCGCGAACGACGCAAGCUCUUGAUUGCAAACCGCGGGGAAAUCGCAGUGCGUAUUCUCCGGACAGCCAAACGUCUUAACAUCCCGACCGUGGCCAUCUACACUCGUGCAGACGCCACGUCUCCUCAUGUUUCCCUCGCGGAUGAGGCUGUCGCGCUGCAUCCCGACGAUACGGAUCCUCUCUCGAAUUCCCGCGGAUACCUUGAUCCAGAAGCCAUUGUGGCGAUAUGUAAGAAGUGCUCUGUGACUCUCGUUCAUCCAGGCUAUGGGUUUCUCUCCGAAAAUGCGCACUUUGCAGGCUUGCUGCGGGAGGAAGGGAUCACAUUUCUUGGUCCGCGGCCCGAGACCAUUCAGGCUAUGGGAUUAAAACACGAGGCGCGGAUGCUGGCGAAGGAAGCAGAUGUACCUCUCGUGCCUGGUUCGCAAGGCCUCGUCGACGACGUUGAGGUCGCCGUCACAGUAGCCAAAGGGAUCGGAUUUCCUGUGAUGCUCAAGUCUACAGCUGGAGGAGGCGGAAUGGGCCUGGUUGUUUGUCGGGAUGUGGAAGAGCUGCGUAGUAGGUUCCACGCCACGCAAGAACGUGCACAGUCAUUAUUCAAGAACAAUGGCGUUUUCCUAGAGCAUUACUAUCCUUCAGCACGACAUGUAGAAAUACAGGUUUUUGGCAACGGGCUAGGACACGUUAUUCACAUGGGAGAGCGCGAGUGCAGCGUACAACGCAGGCAUCAGAAGGUCAUCGAGGAGACACCUGGCCCAUUCAUGAUAAAGCAUCCGGACAUGCAAGCCAAGAUGUGUUCAUCAGCUGUCCGUUUGUGCAAGCGAAUCAAUUAUGCCUCGGCUGGCACUAUCGAAUUUCUCGUUGACGAUGCAACAGGCGAUUACUUCUUUCUCGAGAUGAAUACACGUCUGCAGGUUGAACAUCCUAUCACAGAGGCAGCGAAUCCAGGUCUUGACAUCGUCGAGCUGAUGAUUGAUCAAGGCAUUGCGGAGAGAGACACCAAAGACGGCGGAUUAGCACCAGAAAUAUUACAGCAAGACCGCUUCGACAUACCCCCGAAUGAGAAACAGAUACAUGCAAUUGAGGCGCGAAUAUAUUGCGAGAACCCUGCCGCACAGUUCAAGCCCAGUCCUGGAAUCCUGCAGGACGUGCAAUUCUUGAAUAGUGACUGGCUUCGCGUCGAUACUUGGGUGGAAAACGGCACAUCCGUCACUCCCUUCUAUGACCCCUUGAUUGCAAAGUUGGUUGUUACAGCACCUUCUCGCCAAGAGGUCAUCUACAGGCUGGUGAAUGCCCUCACACAGAGUGCCAUCCCAGGACCUCCUAACAAUAUGGCUUACUUGCGCGCAAUAUGUGAAUCGGAAAUAUUCAAAGCCGGUAAUGCGAUGACAACUUUCCUGGAAAACUUCUCCUUCACACCAAGGGCAAUGGAUGUCCUCAGCGGAGGGCUGGAAACUUCUGUGCAAGAUUACCCGGGUAGGCGAAUUGGUAUGGGUAUCCCUCGUGGCGGGCCUAUGGAUCCCCUUUCCUUUCGCGUUGCAAAUAUGCUCGUAUCGAACGACUUAGGCACGGAAGCGCUAGAAAUCACGCUCACGGGGUGCAGAUUGUACUUCCAUGUAUCUGCCAUCAUUGCAGUGACUGGUGCACCUGCACGAGUAACCAUUGAUGGACAAGAAGUUCCGAUGUGGAGCAGCGUGGUGGUUCCCGCUAGGGGCAAGGUCACCGUGGGUAUGGUGAAGGGUUCGGGUUUCAGGACAUAUCUCGCGGUUCGAGGGGGCUUCCCUGAGAUUCCACGAUAUCUAGGCUCGAAGUCGACAUCGACGGGCCUCGGUGGCUACCAAGGUCGUGCGCUUGCUGCGGGCGACACAAUAUCGCUCGGAGACCGUGAGCCAACACCAGAGGAACAGACGUUCACGAUACCACCAUCACUCAUCCCGUCGUAUUCUGCCGAUUGGAUAAUUAACUGCCUCGCAGGCCCUCAUUCUGACGAGGAGUUCAUCACACGUGAAGGCAUUGAGAAUUUCUUCUCCAUUAGAUGGAAAGUGAGCGAAUCGAGCAACAGAAUGGGCAUACGGUUGGAAGGCCCGCCCAUCGCUUGGGCUAGGGAAAGCGGCGGAGAAGGCGGAUCUCAUCCAUCAAACAUCCACGACAAUGCUUAUGCCUUUGGUACCAUCAAUGUGAACGGCGACACUCCUGUAAUCUUAACAAAUGACGGACCUGACAUGGGAGGGUAUACGUGCGUUUGCACAGUAGCUACAGAGGAACUGUGGAAGCUGGGGCAGCUACGACCAGGAAACACUGUUCGAUUCAUACGCAUAUCCUUUGAUCAAGCUAUCGGGAUGAUUGGUCAAAGACAGCACUAUUUUGAUCGGCUUAUUCAAUGUAUUUUGCAGCACAACGCGAAAGAAGCUGGCGCCGUCGAGCUUUUCGCUCGUCAUUAUGAGGACAUGUCGCAAAGUCCUAAGCUGCACGUCAUAGAGCCGAAAAUAGGCAGUCUCAGGCCGAGAGUAGUCUUCCGUCAGGCCGGAGACUCUGCUGUUCUAGCAGAAUACGGUGAACUGCUACUCGAUUUUAACCUGCGUGCCAGAAUUCAUGCAUUUGAAAUGGAGAUCCAAAGACGAAACGUACCAGGAAUCUGGGCGUUGGCUCCCUGUAUACGCUCAACAAUGAUCCACUUCGAUCCUAUUGUGAUAUCUCAGUCUGAACUCCUGGCGGAGCUAGUUGCAGCCGAGAUGUCACUACCUGAAACCUUGGAUGAAAUGGUCUUCCCGGCACGCAGGAUUACAUUCCCCAUUGUGCUGAAUGACCGUUGGAACAGAGAGGCUCUGGAGAAAUAUAUGCACUCAAUCCGUGAUGAAGCUGUCUACCUGCCAAGCAAUAUCGAGUACCUAGCAAGGAACAAUGGUUUGGAGGGUGGUGUAGAGGAAGCUUUGAAGUUGCUCACUUCCUCAGAUUGGCUGGUGUUUGGAGUCGGUUUCUACCUGGCUUGUCCUUUUUUGAUUCCGGUAGAUCCACGAUGCAGGCUGGUAGGACAGAAGAUGAAUCCGUCGCGAACAUACACUCCACGAGGGGCUGUUGGUAUUGCAGGUUUGGUUGCUGCCAUCUAUCCCAUUGAAUCACCCGGAGGAUAUCAGCUGUAUGGCCGUACGCUUCCGCCGUGGCAAACCUGGGGAAAGGGGCAAAACUUUCACGCAGAGCAGCCAUGGCUUCUGCAGCCAUUCGACCAGGUUGCCUUUGAAUCCGUUACUGAAAAACAGUACUUGGAAAUUGAGAAUCAAUUUGAUUCCGGACAAUACGUAUUCAAGAUUGAACAAAGCAGUUUCUCUAUGUCCGACUAUAACAGCUUCGCGGCAAACAUCAGGGAAGAGGUGGAAACAUUCAAAGUAAAGCAGGCGAAGGGAGCUGCAUUAGAGGAAGCUCGAGAGAGAGUAUUGCUUGCUCAGUGGACGAAUCGAAAAGAGAAGAUGGCUCAACAGGCGAUCGACGGCAGUGAUGCAUCACAAGACGUCAAUGAAUAUUCCAAUACCGUCGCGGCUCCUCUUGCAGCAACUAUAUGGAAGAUCAAAUGCCAGCCAGGUGAUACCAUACGAUCAGCCGAUCAAGUACUUCUGAUACUUGAGGCAAUGAAGACCGAGAUCAACGUUGAGGCCGAGGAAGAGAACGUGGGUCGUGUAAUAGUCACUUUCGGGAAGGGCGUUCGGGAAGGUGCACAUGUAAAGACCGGAGAAGUGCUCGUCUAUCUGCAGUAGACAUGACACUAUGCAAAGCCAUUGUUCAACGUCCAUCCCUAAAAUAUGUCCUGUUCUGCGCGCCGAAGAUGACCUAUGGUUUGAGUAUGUACGACAGGUACGACGAACGAACUGAUUCGUCGAUAAUGUCAGCCACUGAAGCAUAUUGGAUUAUUUUUACCUCGUGUUUUUAACUUUUAAGAAUACAUAAAAACACAUUUCCCACUA